UCACCAUCUCGGUGCUGCCUGAGCUGAAUGUGUUCAGCAGCGCAGGGACAUCGAAACUGAAAGGGGUUUGAACAGGAAGUGCUGAGGGUGGACAUGGAUUCCAGACAGCAGCUCCAGAGUUUGACCGAGGAGGUAAUCUGUCCCAUUUGUCUGGAUUUCUUCACCGAUCCGGUUACACUGGAUUGUGAACACAACUUCUGCCGCUCCUGUAUCUCCCAGAGUUGGGAAAAGCAGGAGAUAAACUCCUGCCCGGAAUGUAGACAGGAGUUUCCGGACAGAAACCUCAGAGGCAACCGGGCCUUAGCGAAUCUGGCCGAGAAAGCUCGAACAUUAAAUCUGAAUCCACAAGAGAAGGAAAGUAAACAUCACUGUGAGGAACAUCAGGAAGAACUGAAGCUGUUUUGUGAAACUGACAAGAAAUUGGUCUGUCUGGUUUGUAGAGAUUCCCGGGAACACAAAUCUCACAACUUCAUCCCGGUUAAAGAAGCUGUCGAAAUCUACAAGGAUCGGGUGAAAUCUUCCUUGGAUUCUCUCACAUGGGAGAAAUCAGAAGCUCUAGAAAUGGAGCAGGAGCAGAAACAGGAGAUUUCCCAAAUUCAGGAGGAAUCCAGAAAUCUUCAGACCCACAUCACAUCCGAAUUUGCUCAAAUGCACCAGAUGCUGACUGAGAAAGAGCAGAGUUUACUCCGAGAUCUCAGGAAACAAGAGGAAAACAUUCUCAAACCAAUGGAGGAAAAUCUUCAAGAAAUUCACGAGAAUUUAAAGUCUAUUCAGGACAAGCUCUCAAUGUUGGAAAAACAGUUGGAACAAACAGACGGAGUGAUAUUUCUGAAGGAGGAAGUAUCUCGGAAGAGGAGGAUUAGCGAUGACAGUGAUAAUGAACUGUCGAUUGAAAAAUCCGACAUCCUUUUACCGUUUCCAGUGUGGACAGAAAUAGUGGAGGACAUUAAACCGAAUAAAGUCUCUGUGACCCUGGAUGUGGAAACAGCGAGUCCUGAGCUCGAGGUGUCGAAGGAUCUGAAGAGUUUGAGAUGGACCGGGGCCCGGAGGAGUCUCCCUGACACCGAGAAAAUGUUCACAGACUGGGACUGUGUCCUGGGUUCAGAGGGAUUCACAUCGGGGAGACAUUACUGGGAGGUGGAGGUGGUGGAGAAUCGGGGCUGGAAUCUGGGAGUAGCCUCAGAGUCUGUGGAGAGGACGAGAUGGGUCUGUCCGAUUCCAGAGAAUGGAUUCUGGACCAUGCAGUGGGUUGGGGAUCAGUUUUAUAUAAACUCCGAUCCUCGAUCCCCUCUCUCUGUCGGUCAGAUCCCCAGGAAGGUGGGAAUUUAUCUCAGUUAUGAAUCUGGGACAGUUUCAUUUUACAACGUGGACACCAAGUCCCAUCUCCACACCUUCCCUGGGAAUAAAUUCACUGGGAAACUUUAUCCUUUCUUCGAGGUUUGGGAUUCAAACCAGUUUUUGAGAAUCUGUUGUUAAAGGGGCGGGGUCUCCCUGACGUCACCAUGACCCCCGGGUUUAGGGUCUGGGUCAGGGAUUGGGGUCAGAAACCUCCCAUUGACAACAGGAUGUCACUGAAUGUGUAAAUUCUGAGAUUAUACUUUGUAUCAUCACAACCAAACUGUCAAUAAAUCAGAUACAACUAUAAAU